AUGCUUCUUUGGACCGGAAGUAAUGGAUAUUUACGUGGACACAGCUGCUAUAUUCGCAGCAGCGGCUGCAACAGGAACCCGCCCCACCUGGCUGUGUUACCUCGUGAUGCUAUUACAACCAACGUUGGGCUGAAUCGGCAGCCUGCCCGCCACCCCGCCCUGGUUUCUGUUCAUACUAAAAACCGCCCCAAGUUCUGGCUGCUCGUGUCAACACCGGUGCCCUGUUUAAUGGCCCGCGCUGCAACGGCAGGUUCUCUGCCCGACCGUACUUCGCGCUGUAGCGACGAGUGCAAAGUUGCGAAGCGUCAGCAAGCCGCAGAGAAUCCUGUGCGAAGACUGCAGCCAUGUCUGCUCAAUUUGUUUACCAUCCGAGGUGGAUUUGGCGCAGAUAUCGGCUUAAGAGUCUGCUGCACGUGCAGCGCACAAUUACUUUUGUGCUAA